AUGGGAGCCAUUCCCUUCACUGAAAGAAUCCUAAAAGCAAAACUCCCUAAAGGCUUCGACAAACCUACGGAUAUGAAGUACGACAGAACCAAGGACUCCCAGGAGCACCUAACGGCCUUCAAGGCCAGGAUGAACCUGGAAGAGGCCGCUGACGCGGUCCGAGGUAAGGCCUUCCCAGUAACCCUAGCCGGGCCAACGAUUAAAUGGUUCAAUGCCCUCCCCAACGGAUCCAUAACUGGCUUCCACGAUAUCUCACGGAAGUUCAUGGCCCAAUUCACCACCAGAAUUACCAAAGCUAAACACCCCAUCAGCUUAUUAGGGGUCACAAAGAAACAAGACGAAUCCACACGAAAAUACCUAGACCGCUUCAACGAUGAAUGCCUAAAGAUUGAUGGACUCACGGAUUUCGUCGCAAGCCUCUGUUUAACCAACAGGCUCAUGAACGAAGACUUCCGCAAACACCUCACCACCAAGCCAGUAUGGACCAUGCACGAGAUCCAAAACGUCGCCAGAGACUACAUAAACGACGAGGAGGUCAGUCAGAUCGUCGCUGCCAAUAAACGGCAACACGGCAACACUCCACACGGCAACCCGACUUCCCGCCAUAAUCCGAUGCCCAGAGAAAGUCAAAGAGACCAACCCAAACAAACCAACACAAACCGACCACCCAGGAUCGGGAAAUUCUCGAACUACACCCCCCUGACAGCCUCGAUUACCGAGAUAUACCACCAGAUAGUGGAUCGGGGUAUUAUCCCGAAAGCCCGACAACUCAAAGAAAGAACGGGCGGCAACAAGACCCUUUACUGCGACUACCACCGAGGUUACGGGCACAGGACACAAGACUGUUUCGACCUUAAAGAUGCCCUCGAACAAGCUAUAAAAGACGGCAAACUCCCAAAUUUCGCCAAAUCAUCAGAGAUGCAGACUCCAACAUCCUCUUUCGAGGUGCCUUCGACAAGCUCGGGCUCCGCAACGAAAAUCUCCAAACACACCGCAACGGUGUCACGGGACUCGGAGACAACUUCCUCAAGCCAGACGGUUCCAUCAUUCUUCCCCUUACCAUAG